CAUGCAUGGUGCUGUCAUUCCAAGCUUCACAAUAAUAGUUAACUUGUUGCUUUGCUAUUUCUUUUCUUUUUCUUCUUUUUCUUCUUUUUCUUCCUUUGGCUUGUCUUUCUUUGUUCCCUCCGAAGCCUAUUCUUCAUUUUACUCCAAUUUCUUUGUCCGCGCACGGGCUCCAGUUGGGGAUGUGACGGACAUGCAUCCGAGAUUGAUGACAGCGGGCGGGUUUGUUUGACCCCGCUCGGACUAGCAGUAGUAGUUGGAGUUGAUCGGUUAGCCGAGUUCACAAGAGCAAGCAAGACUGACCAGAUCCAAACCUUCGUUGUCGUAAAAAAGUGUGACGAUAAUCGCCAUCAAGGCCCAGCCCCGUCAGUGCGCAUAUCGCCCAAGGCAUGAGCCAAUUGGGUCCGAUAUGUUUGACUUCGGAUAUAAUGAGAAUGGAAGCAGAAAAUGCACCACGCCAGCCACUAUUAAUCUAACUGUCAAUGGAAGUCGGUUCUGCCGAUGCCGACAGCUUAAUCUGAAUCGCUUAUUACGCUGUUGUCCUAGUCUCCCAGCCACAUUUCUCGAAAUAGACAGACUAUGCCCAGAACAUCUUAAUGCCCUGUGCUAAGGCAACUAUUGAGGAAAAAGUGUUGAUGGAGUGCAUGAUACCUGAUC